UUUUGGUUCUGUUGUAAAUUUCAUAUAUGAAGUUUUUCCUAAGUUUUAAUUAUAAUAAAUACUUUCUAAAUUCUUCCUGAUAAAUCAGUAAAGUUUGUGAAUAAAUAAAUGUAGUUACUAAAUUAAACACACAAAAUAAUGUGAAAGUACUUGUUUUUGAAGAAUAUUAAUUAUUUUUUUAUUAUUAUGACAUCUUAUCCAAGAACCGUGCCAAAUAUCCUAAUAACCGGUACACCAGGUGUGGGUAAAUCAACUCUAUCCCGUUUAUUAGCUGACAAAACUAAAUUCACAUGGAGAGAGGUUUCAAAAUUAGCUGAAGAACAUAAUUGUUUGGAUGAGUAUGACCCAGAAUAUCAGUGCCCAUUCUUGAAUGAAGACAAGUUGUUAGAUGUCAUGGAAGGCAUGAUGACCACUGGUGGCAACAUUGUGGAUUACCAUGGCUGUGAGUUCUUCCCCGAGAGAUGGUUUGAUGGAGUUUUUGUUAUAAGAACAAACAACACUGUACUCUAUGACAGAUUAACACAAAGGGGCUAUUCAGGCAAAAAAUUAGAUGAUAAUAUACAAUGUGAGAUAUUUGAAACUCUUCUAGAAGAAGCACAGGCAUCAUACAAAGCAGAGAUUGUGAAGGAAUUACAAAAUGACACCACAGAACAACUAGAAGCGAAUAUUGAAACAAUUGUUGAGUGGAUACAGAGGUGGAAAGAAGAAAAUUUAUAAUAAAAUUUAUAUAUAAAUAUAUAUUCUCUGGUUGUUUUAUUUAUCAUUGGUAUUCAUACUUAAUCAUCACAGUAUUAAGUGUAGUGUAUUGUAGUGUAAUGUGAUUUCAAAAUAGAUGACUCAUAUAUGAUUAGUUUUAGUGGGAGUAUCUUAAGAUUGGGCAAAAUAUUUCAUAAUACUUUUACAGUACCUGAAAGAAUUGUCAAUAUUUGACUAAUUCUUUUGAUAAUGAUAUUAUGUAUUGUAAUCUAGGCGACUUCAGCUAGUGUUAAAUAAACUUGUUUAACAUUCCAGUUAAGUCAGCAACAGAAUGUCUAGAUGUUGGUUCAGAUAGGGAGGUUAGAAAUAAGCUAAGAUAUACAAUUUUUUUUGGUGGUAAAGUAACGUAAUUAACAGACAAAGUACUGUAAGGUACUUCCUAGUAUGCAUGUAUUUAUAAUAGCAUAUUAUAUAAGACAUACAUUUCAAAAGGUAUAAUAUUUAUUCUGGGUAAUAAAAAAAAGACCAAAAUUAUAAAUACAACCUAAUUUAUUCAAUAUCCCACUCACAUUACGUAAGAAAUGCAUUCAAAUUACUGUAUUUAGACAAAUCUAUGUAAUAAACUAACUUCUCUCUGGUGUGUACAUACAUUUGUUAUGAAUAUAUAAAGAUAAUAUUCACAUAUAGUAA